AUGAACAAUCAUUCUGAAAUCCCAGAAGGACCGGAAACGUCAUAUGACAUAACUUAUAGAGUAGGCGUGGCGGAAAAUAAAAACUCGAAGUUUCGUAGGACAAUGGAAGACGUUCACACUUAUGUUAAAAAUUUUGCAUCAAGAUUAGAUUGGGGGUAUUUCGCGGUAUUUGAUGGGCAUGCUGGGAUUCAGGCUUCAAAAUGGUGUGGUAAGCAUCUUCAUACAAUUAUAGAACAAAACAUUUUAGCAGAUGAAACACGAGACGUUAGAGAUGUAUUGAACGAAUCAUUCCUUACCAUUGACGAAGAAAUUAAUACAAAACUUUUAGGAAAUAGUGGAUGUACCGCUGCUGUUUGUGUACUACGUUGGGAGCUGCCAGAUUCAGUUUCUCAUGAUUCAAUGGACUUAGCCCAACAUCAAAGAAAGUUAUAUACGGCAAAUGUGGGUGAUUCUCGAAUAGUAUUGUUUAGAAAUGGGAACAGCAUAAGAUUGACUUACGAUCAUAAGGCAUCUGACACUUUGGAGAUGCAAAGAGUUGAACAAGCAGGUGGUCUGAUAAUGAAGAGCCGUGUAAAUGGUAUGCUGGCAGUAACGAGAUCGUUAGGUGAUAAAUUUUUUGAUAGUUUAGUGGUGGGAAGCCCAUUUACAACAAGCGUGGAAAUAACUUCUGAGGACAAAUUUUUAAUCUUAGCAUGCGACGGAUUAUGGGAUGUUAUUGAUGAUCAAGAUGCAUGUGAAUUAAUCAAGGAUAUUACUGAACCUAACGAAGCUGCAAAGGUCUUGGUUAGAUAUGCUUUGGAAAAUGGCACGACAGAUAAUGUGACGGUCAUGGUUGUCUUUCUUUAA